AUGAGAAAUUGUAUUAGAUCAGCAUUUCGUUAACAUCCUCAACUCAGGGGUGCUUGGUCUUAAAACUAUUUAUAAAAGCCUGGAGAAGGAGCCUUAAAGAAUGUCACUUUGAUUCCUGGAGUAGGAAUUGGACCUGAGAUAACAAAUAGCGUAAGAACCAUCUUUGAAGAAUUGCAUGUUCCAAUCAAAUUCGAUGUUUUGGACAAUUUCAAUUUUGAGAAUGACGAAUCUAAGAAGCAACUAAGAAAAAAUGAAUGCAUUCUUUUAGGUGUGAUGACAGAAAAGAAUUAGAAGUACACUGACAAUUACAAGUUCUAUAAAUACUUAGACUUGUAUUCCAAUAUUACAUUUGCCUUUUCUUUCGAAGGAAUAGUAUAAAGACAUAAUAAUACAGACAUAGUAGUGAUAAGAGAAAACACUGAAGGUGAAUACUCUGGUGUGGAACAUGAAGUCUAUCCAGGAGUAGUUGAAUCGAUCAAAGUGACUACAAAAUAAGCAUCCUUAAGAAUUGCUGAAUACGCAUUUGAAUUUGCUCAUCUUAGCGGUAGAAAGAAGGUUACAGCUGUUCACAAAGCAAACAUCAUGAAACUAGUCGAUGGACUAUUUUUAUAAGCUUGUAGAGAAGUGGCUCAAAGAUAUUCAUUCAUUAAAUAUGAAGAAAUGAUUAUCGAUAAUUGUUGCAUGCAAUUGGUCAAAAAUCCAACACAAUUCGAUGUGAUGGUUAUGCCAAAUCUGUAUGGAUCAAUUGUAUAAAAUGUUGUAGCUGGUAUCACUGGAGGAGUGGGUAUGGCUGCAGGAGCAUCAAUUGGUAAAGAUCAUGCUCUCUUUUCUCAAGGUUGUAGACAUACAGGAAGAGAUAUUGCAGGGAAAAAUGUUGUGAAUCCUUCUGCUAUGCUUGUUUCUUCUACUCUUUUAUUAAGACAUCUAGGUUUACCAAACUUUGCUGAUUAAAUUUGUAGAGCUGUUUAACAUACAAUCCAAGUUAAGAAUGUUAAAACUAAAGAUAUUGGUGGAAAUGCUACAACAGAUCAAUUUACAACCGAAGUUAUUAAAAGUUUAGGAAAAUGAUAUGUAUAUUUAUAAAUUAAGUCAUUUCAUCUAAUUUUUAUUUUCAUUUA